CUCCAAUGUUCAAUAUCACGAGGAGUGCGUUUAUUAUGGGAACACAGUCCACCCCUACCUCAACAAAUACAUGUUUUUAUUGCUUUAUGCCAUUUAGUUGCCCAGCAAAUCAUGAUUGCCCAACUGUAUCGCAACUCGCCGGUCAGUUCAGAAAGUUCACUGAAUACGGAAUUAGAUUUUUUAUAUCAACGCGAAUCUCAACUUCGUUUAAAUCUGCCAAAGGAUGAUACAGGUUUACGUGGUUUCAGUGGGAGAUUUCGUGACCUUGUUUACGCUCCUGUGGCAGCAAAAGUUCUUCCAGUUCUAAUGAAUUUCUGUUUGUUUGGCAUUCCGUUGGAAUUCGUGAAUCUCAUAGUUGCACUAUUUGCCUAUUGUUGCUGUUAUUCUUCCGUGUUCUGGCGUGUUAGCAAGUCUUUUAGCUUUUUAUUUUCACUUCAUCUAAUCAUUCACAGUGUUACAUUGAUUUGGACUUAUCUUGGGUUCAGUGUCCUGUAUCGAAUUCAGGAGAUCAAUUAUAAAAGUUUUCUUUUUUCAGGCCAAUACUUAUCAUUUUCAAAGCAUUUAUUCAUUUUUCGUCCAGAAGCAAUAAUUGCAAUGUUUGUAAGCACGGUGGUUCUGAUGAGUACUGCCCCAAUUGCUAUGUAUACGUACGGGUAUAACAAAUUUAUGGUUAGCACCCAUAUUUUUAGAUAUGCUCCGCACAUAAUCGCAAUUUUACUUCUCAUAUUUAUUGUUGCCGUUAAAGCACCAACAAUUUAUGCCUUAAUGGUACUCUAUCAGCACGACAGUAAAGCUCUUCUAGCUACAUGUAUUGUAAUAGAUAUUACCUAUUUGUUUUCCUGGAUAAUAUUUUGGUUAAUUUUAACGUUGAAGAGAGAAUGGAAAUACAAAGUACUUCACGAUAUUGGUGAAAUCAUAUCGCUACAGGUCUUUUUCAUUAGAUUUGAUUAUUUUUUUCUUCUUUUUUUCCCACCUUUUUAUGUCACCGAUGAUCACAUUGCUAAGCAAGCAAUUCUUCGGCAUAUACAAAAAAUUGCACCGGACUGUGCUAACGAGGAGGUUUACUGGUUAAGUGCUAACGCCCACUCACCUGUACGGUAUGUUUUUUUUAAUUGA